AUGAAGAUUCUCUUUCAGAUAAGCCUCUUCGUAUUUCUUUUGGCAGACAUAGCUACAUCUCUGUCAUUCAAUGACCAUCUGGACAAGGGUAUCCUGCCAACGGAGCCAAAAGACAGCGCCUGUAAGAUCUUGCCUAAGCCCUUUCGAUCCUGCGUUCAUAAUACUAAUUGGUCUUGGUUUAUCAGAUACAAUGGAGGACUUACACGAGUUCGACUAGUAGAGAAAGGUCUUGUCUUGUAG